CAGUAAAUAAUAAUUAAAAAAAAUACUGGUUCAUAAACAUAUAAUAAAAUACCACGCAGAGCAACUUGGAAACAAACACGUGACUGCAUGUGGACUUUAAUUUAAAUAACAAAUAAUAUCAUACAUUUAAUAAACAUGUGCGUAUUGGUUCGGUGGCUGGCGCAAUUCUGAACUUGUAUAAUUUUUAUGGGUUUGUCAGUGUAACGUAAUUACAUAGCCAUUCGAAAAAAAAAACGUUAACUACAGUCACGUUCUUUCACGCUCAAUUCGCCUCGCUGAUAGCGCGGCAGUAUUGCUUAUCGCCAUUGUGUGUUCAGAUAAAAAUACCUGCAGCGGUAGUAAACAACCAAGUACGCAUGCGCCGUACAGUCUGUUGGCCGCAAAGAGAGUUUCAUUCACAUUCACCAGUUCCACUGCGCAGGCCUCAGGAAACACUCCGCUCACAUUCCCACGCCCACUUUUUUACCCUUCGUCGUCAACAAAGUAAUGACGUCCCGGUUUCCGAGUCCCACUCGACUUGACCUCUUAUUGUUCCAGUGGGAAAACAUUGCGAUCGCGGCUUGCCGCUCGUGCGGUUUAUUAAGUCGCCUGUGCGGUAAUAAACGAUUAUUAUCGGCUCAGUUCCUACACACGCUGAUGAAUGGGUUCUCAGGCCACGGCUCCCAGGGGUCUGUUUCAGGGGCUGCGUGUCGAAACUGCCACGGAAUGGCAGCAGUUCUUUCCGUUUUAUUUUUUAUGCUGUCCAUUACUUAAUUUUUAAUUUUUUUUUCACGCGUGUAGUGGAGCGGAAACCGACUUCGGAGGUGUGGUCGUUUCCCCUCCCGACUUUUCAGCGUGCCCAUGUGUUGACGUAGAAAUCAGGGGUAAAAGGAAAUUGCGCCAUUCAAUGAGUGAAUUUCCCCAUGCGUCGCUCCCCUCCCCACCGCUCCCCCCUCCAACGAGCGGAGCGGGGACCCUCAUUCACAGGCGCUCAGCCCACUUCCUCCAUGGCCAGGGAUGGAGGCAACAUGGCGGCCGAUAAGUUUAAAGUGCGGGUUGAAGAGCGAUUAAAAAUCAAAAUCGGGGAGGCCAAGAAUCUGCACUGUCGGAACCACGGCUCGAUGGGGCAGCGAGAUGUGUACUGCAAGCUGUCCCUGGAUCAGGAGGAGAUAUUCAGGACCACGACCAAGGAGCGCACCCUCAACCCGUUCUUCGGCGAGGAGUUCCAGUUCGAGGUGCCGCGCAAGUUCCGCCACCUGUCGGUGUACGUGUGCGACCGCGACCGCCACCUCAAGCAGGACAAGGUGCUGGGCAAGGUGGCCAUCAAGCGCGAGGAGCUCAGCGCCUACCACAACAAGGACCACUGGUUCCCCAUUCGACCGGUCGAUGCCGACAGCGAGGUGCAGGGUAAAGCACACAUUGAAGUGAAUCUUGAGCCAGUCAUCAGACAUGGGUGUGACUCGAACUUCCAGAAUCACAGGAUAGCUGUUAGGCUGAUAGAGUGCAGCGAGCUGACGAUCAAGAACGGUGCCUGCGACCCCUUCGCCACCGUCACGAUGUGCUACUCCAACGGCAAGCAAGAGGUGCGGCGCACCAAGGUCAAGAAGAAGACGAUCUCCCCUCAGUUCGACGAGGUCAUCGUGUUCGAACUGCCGUGCGGGCGGGGCGGAGGGCAGAACCACGACCGGGACCGGGACAUCUACCAGCUGGGGCAGGACGCGGAGGUGGAGUUCAGCGAGCUGCGCGUGUGUCUGUGGCACGACGCCCCGGCCAUGGCUGACAACGUGUUCCUGGGCGAGGUGAAGAUCCCCCUGCGCAGCCUGCAGGAGCGGCAGUUCGCCGCCGGCAACUCCUGGUACUUCCUGCAGCCGCGACCGACCAAGAGUCGGCCGUGCAAGUCGCCGGGCAGCUUCUACCGCACGUCCCCGGGGGCCCCCCUCGAAGGCCACGGCUCGCUGCGCCUCAACAUCCACUACACGGCGGACCGCGUCUUCCCCAGCUGCAAGUACGACCAGCUGCGUGAGCUCGUCUUGCAGAGUGUGCACGUGCAGCCCAUCACGUCGAGCGCCGCCUACAUCCUGGGGGAGAUCGUGCCCAGCAAGCUGGACGCCGCCCAGCCGCUCGUCAGGGUGUUCAUGCACCACGGCCGGGUGGUGCCGCUCAUCCGCGAGCUCGCCAAGUGGGAGAUCUCCAAAGUGACGGACGCCAACACGAUAUUCCGGGGCAACACGCUGGUGUCGAAGAUGAUGGACGAGGUGAUGCGGUUGGCGGGACUGCACUACCUGCACAACACGCUGCGGGGCCCCAUGGAGCUGGUGUUCCAGGAGCGCAAGCCGUGCGAGAUUGACCCCACGCGCGUCAAGGACCGCGCCACCGUCGAGGCCAAUCUCGCCAAUCUCAAGGAGUACGUGGAGAUGAUAUUCCACGCCAUCACUUCGUCGGCUCUGCACUGCCCCUCGCUCAUGUGCCAGCUGUUCCACGACCUCAGAGAGCUGGCCAGCACGCACUUCCCAGGCAACAAGGAAGUUAAAUAUUCUGUGAUAUCGGGUUUCAUCUUCCUGCGAUUUUUUGCCCCUGCUAUCCUGGGACCCAAGUUGUUCGAUCUAACAACAGAACAGAUUGACGCGCAGACCAACCGCUCGCUCACGCUCAUCUCCAAGACGAUCCAGAGCCUGGGCAACCUGGUGAGCUCGCGCUCGGCACAGCAGACGUGCAAGGAGGAGUACAUGGCGGAGGUGUACCGCGCCUUCUACACGCCCGCCCACGUCCAGGCCUUCAGGCAGUUUCUGGAAAUAAUAUCGGCCACGUCCAAUCCAGGCCACAAAACGUUGGACACACCAGUUCUUCUGAAAGAAGGGGAGAUGAUCAAGCGCGCCCAGGGGAGGAAGAGGUUUGGUCGCAAGAACUUCAAGCAGCGCUACUUCAGACUAACCACCCAGGAUCUCACCUACUCCAAAACUAAAGUGUGCGUGUGGGGCUGUGCAGGCAAGGACCCGCUGUGCUGCAUCCCGCUGGACCAGAUCCUGGCCGUGGAGAGGCUGCAGGAGGACUCCUUCAAGAUGAAGAACAUGUUCCAGAUCGUGCAGCCGGAGCGCGCCCUUUACAUACAGGCCAACAACUGCGUGGAGGAGAAGGAGUGGAUCGACAUCCUCACCAAGAUCUGCCAGACCAACGCCAACCGGCUGCAGAGGUACCACCCCUCCGCCUACAUCAACGGCCAGUGGCUGUGCUGCCGUGCCCAGAGUGAGGCGGCGCCCGGCUGCGACGACACGAGCCAGGGCCUGGGGGCCGGCCUGCAGGUGACGCUGGACCCCGACCGCGAGCUCCAGAGGAUCCACUCCCUCGUCAUGUCGCACAUGGACCGCCUGGAGCUGCGUAAGGACGCGUGCGAGACGCAGGCGGUGUACACGGGCGACAUCUGCUUCCUGCCCAGCUUCGUGAUCGAGGACGUGAAGUCGUGCUUCAAGACGCUGACGGCCCUGCAGGAGGCGGUGCUGAGCCUGGAGCGCGAGCACCGCAGCUACCUGCGCCUGCUGGCCCGCGAGACCAGAUACGGCAGCAAGCAAGCUCCCAUCGGAGACAACAACUACCUCCUGCUGGCCGCACGCAUGGACCACCUCGACACGAGCCUGCCGCGCAAGGCCUUCAGCACGCCCGACUGACGCCCGCUUCCGCGCUUCGCCUCGGUGUGGCUGAAAAUGAAGCAGACGUUCUCGACAAUGCUCGUGUGAAGUGAACAAUAUCGUAAAAUGGUGGACGAUUAGGCGCUAUCACCACGAACUACUCCCUGCUCAAAAAGGAAAGUGCUUGUUAAGUUUCGUAAACCUCGUUCGUAAUUUGAAAGGGUUGUUUGGUCCUGCGUGGUCGGAGUCCGGUCAAACAUCAUUCAUGCCCGUGGAGUGCUUGGUAGCACCAAAAUCAUACUGUGCCUAGUUCUCUGAAUGGCUUUUUUUACGACCUUUUGAAAGUUGGAAACUUUUGUGUUGGAAUUUUUUUUUAUCCAUCUAGCGUAUUAGCUUCCACUAGAACUGCGGUGUCUUACGAAGCAUUUCUUCUUUCGGUUUUUACGUUUCCUUACUUCGCGCCUCUGUCCUUUUCCUUUGCGUUCAGACUUUCCACAAGAUAUUCUCAUACAUUCCUUCCUGUGCAGUGUGUUCUCUGUCAGAUCGCAAAACGUGUUGUACGUAACUGUUGUGUGUUCGCUUUACAGAAGUAACAUUUUAACAUGAUGUUGCAAUUAAAUUUUUCUGAUGUAGGUAUUUGUACGCAUCUGGAAGACUUGGGUGUGAAUGCUUUGUAAUAUCGAUGCCGUAUAGUCUGAUUACUGUGAUACUUUUAGAGCCGAUACAUAAGGUAGAUUUGUAAAAAGAGAUGUUGCGUAGAGCGGAAGUGUUCUUGCGAGACAGUCACGAGUACGUGACUAGUGGAAACAUACGUGUACAGUCCCUUCGCCCGGGAACGUCCGAUGUUUCCGUGCGUCGCGUAGUUUGCGGUGAGCGGACGGCUGCGCUCCACGGGCCGUGAUCAUGUUUGCACCGGGCCGUUCCCUCGCUCGAGGAAUCCUGUAAUCUCAGUCGGCGGUGCGAAGCAAGGAGCGAGCAGUCGUGGGAGCGACGUUGAACCUCGCAGUGAUUGGUGGAUCGCAAGCUUCAAGCACCUGCACACAUCACACCCUGCGGUCGGGCAUCUCGUGUCUUGUGUGGGAACACUUGUCACCAGGACGGCGCUACGUUCUCUUCAUCACGACCGCAAGUUGAUCUGGUUUUAUGGCAUGUCCAGAAAAAUGUUCUUUUUAAUUUUAGUAAUUAGUGUGGAUAUCUCUUAAAACAAUAUUUUUUUUUUACAAAUUAUUAUUGUGUUCAAAUUUUUCCAUUUUUAGUAAAGUAUAAGAAUGACAUAACUUAUAAAUGUUUAAAUAUAAAACUGAGGCUUUACAAUUGUGGCAUUUUUUUUAACUCAAUAGACAUGUGAGAUUUAAAUGUUUUUUGGACUCGUUAAAAUUGGCUAAGGAGUAAAUUUGUCCCAGUAAAGUGUACAGAAUUUUUCAGUAAUGCAAAUACAUUACUGUUGGAUCAGUGUGCCAAAUAAUGCUCUCUUUGAGUUUGUUCUGCUGAAAAUUUACACCUUGUUGUUUGGGUCUUGUUUCAUCCACUGAAUAUAUUAUCAUCUGAACCAUCUGAGAUGGGUAGGUUCUCUGAAUAUUGAUGUUUUUGGCACUUAUUCAGAUUUCUGUGUAGCAGUGUAGAUUUAUUUGCGCUCUGAGACGUCUGGUGUUUUUUUUUCUUCCAGAGAAAUUUUACAUCACAUGAUUUGUAGUAUGGGAUAUGUAUGCUUAUUUCAAUGCCAUAAUAAUUGAUUAUUUUGGGAAUGUUUGUGAUAAACAUUGUUCUUUGUUUGCAUUAUAAAUUCAAUUUUUUUUUGUAUUCACAUUAGUAUGUAUUUUAUUUAUGCAUCAUUAAAACAAAAUUAAUUUGAUAAAUAGAAAUUUUAGAUUUUUAAAUUGCAUAAAUUUAGUUACAUGCGUAUUUCAAUGACAAAUUAUGCUUAAUAUUCUAAUGACCACAGUACAACCUAUAAUAAUGGUUAAAAUUUCAUUCCUCUGAAAAUUUGUAAAUUUUAUUAAUUUAGAAUUUAUCUUCAUAAAGGGUUUUUGUUUUCACAUGGAAGAUUUCAUUUGACAUAUCUGUUGUAAAAAUGAUGAAUGCAGACUAUUGCUUGUAAUGGAUAUUUAAGAUAGUAUGAAAUAAUCAUAGUGGUCACUGGAAAUACCAUACAUAAAUGUGAUCUCAAAAAUGCAGGAUACAGCAUAUGUUUACAUGCCAAGCAAAAUAUAUUUGAAAGCAAAUAAAAAGUGUGAAUUUAUAUUAUAGCUUCAGUUCAUACUUUUAUCUGUAAAUGAGUCACAAUUUGUGCACUAUUUUUUAUACAGUUGACUCCUGGUUAUCCACAUUUUUUGAGGUUAGUGAUGCUGAUCUACAUGGACACUUAGGACUAAUACGUAGUAAAGCAUUUAAACUUGCACUGUUGAAAUAUUUAUUAAAAUUUAUUAUUAGUGAUGGCUGAUGGGCAAUAUGGGUAAAAACCAAUACCAAUCCAAUUACUACUAAUUCAUAAUAUUUCAUUGAUCCGAUAACCUAUACAAAACCGAUUCAAUUCUUUUUGUAAAUAAUCAUGUAAUGUCUCUAGAAAUCCAAUAUUUGUAAGUAAUAAGGCAGUACCUUAUUGAAAGGAUUUUUUGGUAGAUGAUUAAAACAAAGAACUUUACAGCCUAAAAUUAGUGCAUAGAACAAUACACAUUAUGCCUUUGACUAAUUAACAAACAAAACAUUCAAGUAGUUUUAUAUUACUGAAAAAUUGGUGUAAAAGAUUCCUACAAAACUAUAAGAAAUAAACAGAACUGAAGGGUGACACUUCGAUGGAUGAAAUUGUACUUUUUUCAUGUGUAUCAGUUUUGUAAGCACGGAUUGAAAACGAUUAUAUCGAAAAUUUAAAAAAAAAAAGAGUAGAAUGUCGGUUUAUACCAAUACUAAAGCAAUCACAUUUAAAAUCAAUAUUUAUUAUGGUCAUUUAGUAGUUUCUUAUGAAAACAUUCUACAAAUUGUUGAAACAUUAAUUAAUUUAAAUACAGGACAUCUUCCGAACACAUUGAUGCUUUAGAAAGACAUAUUCAACGUCUAUUAUCGCCAAAGGAAGCAUAACAUUGGUUGUGCCAAAGUUAAGUUAAGAUGUUAAAUCAUUCAAACAUUGAAUAAUUUUAUUAGUGAUGUCUUCCAAACAGAAUUUUGCCGAACGAUCAGAGUAUUCAAUAUUUUGUUAUUGCGAAAAAUGUCUUGUUUUGGUCAAAGAGUCAAGAUUAAGGUCUAGCGAUGCUUGUGCAAAAAUCGCUUGGUGACUUUUUUCAGUAAAGUUGCGACUGCAGUUUUUAAAUUAAUUUUUUUGAUUAAACAAAGGGUAAUGAGAGUACAACUCUCAUAAAUAAUAUUUGUCAGCUAGAAAAAUUAUGUUUAAUCAAUUUUCACGCUAUUUCUUCCAUUUUUGAUGUGAUUAUCAAAUACGAUUUUUCUGCGGUUCUGUAGGUGCGGAUAAGCCGCACAGUGAAUAAUUCGUCUGCGGACAAUCAAGAACUGACUGUACUUCAAAUACUUAAAAAAAUUUGGUUUCUAAACUUUUGCACAUUCAUGUUCCAAUUGUACACUUUUUCCUGUCAUUGGAACCGCUUAGUGAUUGUGACUCACAACUUUUCUCGGAUUACACUAGUCAACCAAACAUCACAAACUUGCAAACUGCAAACCAUUUGCCUUUUGGGCUCACCAACAGGCCUCCAGAUCAGUCAACAUGAUUGCCAACAUGUUUGGUUGACUAGUGUAGAGCCUGCGUAACUAGUUUUAAACUACUACUUAAUGGAAACAGUUAUUUUUUUGAAGCUCAUUAUAAUGCGUAUGAGAUAUUUUGGUGUUUCAUGUCUGUUUUUUUGGCACUGUUGUUAUCACUCAUAAUUUAUUGAUCACGAAUGUGUGUGCCCAGGUUUUAGCAUGUCCAUUUCAUAUCCAUCCUGGUCCGUAUUUUUUUUUUUUACUCAUGUCUAUUGCACAUGUCGAGACUUGUAUUAUUUCUAAUUAAUUGUCACUUUCUUGUCCGUGCCAUGAGAUCGUCUUUAUUCCUCAUUUUGUAUUCUUCCCUAUUUCUCAGUUGACUCAUUCCAAACCACACGUGUGGUUGAUUCUGUACUGGAGCUUCAUCCACUUAGAUUUUUGAGUUGUACAACAAGCUAGUCUUGUGGUGUACUUCACUUUUUUUUUUUAAUUUGCAUAAAUUGAUUUUUUUAUUUGAAAGCUACUUUUAUGAAAAUAAUAAAUUAAUGGGGCAUGUAAGGUUUUUAGUACCACCAAUUAUGCUGAUAAAAAAAAUAAUAUUUUAAAUAAUUCAUUUUCAUUCUAAAACAUAAAUAGCCUAAUUGAGACAUUCUAGACCUUUGAAAAACUUCUAAUAAUAUUAAUUAGUAGAGACCGGAAAAAUUUGCGAGUUCAUUUCGCGAUAGGCUAAAAUAUAAAUAGUUAUACCUCAGUGCUGCCUCUGCUAUUUGCUCACAGCUCACCUGGAUGACUCUGGGCCAAUGAGAAACACCCAACCAAACCUUUAUCGAAUCACAGGCUGCUACGUUGGGACGUCUCACAAGACAGCAGCCAAUGCGUGGUUGACAUAUGACCGAGUGUACGCAGAACUAUGGAGUUCAUCCUGCAGGUCAUUGAACCCGCGAAUGUUUCCGGUCCCUAUUAAUUAGUCUUUCCUGUCUAACAUAUUUAAAAAACAUCUAUGUUAAAUAUAGGACAAUGUCAAUAAAUUUCCUCAAAAACAUGUGGGUUUUGAGUACGCAGUGUAUUAAUGCUAAACUAUAAACUUUUUUUUCUUAAUAACAGGUUUAUAGUUUAAAAAAAAACUUUAUUUUUAUUUUUGUGGCUUUUUUUAUAAAGUGUGGUGUUUAUAACUUUGCUUGCAAGCAGGAAAUAAGUUAAUUUUAUUUAUUUUAUUGGUGCAUAAGUAAAGUACCUAUGUAUAUUACAUUGAAACUACAUUCAUUCACUCUGAAUAAACUCAAUAAAUAAUACAUAAUAUUAAUAAUCUAUAAUUUGAGUAAAGUGACAGGAUUAGUAAAACGACUUGCUAGUUCUUAACUUGGAGGAUGUGCAUUUAAAGUACACUGGCAGUAGUUUGCUUAUAACUGGGAACCAGGCCUUGCAUCACGUUGUGGACGCUGCCAGAUGUACGUCACGUAUGGAAUAUGUUUUAUUGCGUAAGAAAUAUGAAAAAAAAAAAAAAAAAAAAGAGCGGGAAGAGAAAGCAGAAGGUCUGUGGCGUUUAAAAAUUUUUUGGCGGAAGUGAAUUGGGGCCAAAAAUCUGUACAUAAAUAUUUUAUCAUGCCUUAUCUCUUUUUUUUUUAAAACUACUCAUAAAAAGCAAUGGAGGUAAAGAAGUUCAGAGCACAAUAUUCCUUACAUGGGUAGCAAAACAUUUUUAUUUUUGAUUGUGUGCUUAAGAAAUGAGAAUUUUAAAAAGCAUUUCAUUGUUUUGGAAACCUGAUUUUUGUUGUAUUAACAUUUACAUUCGUGUGAUUCCCCACGUAGAUGCAUGGCCUUGGUAUUUUGAAGGUUUUGCUCAAUUUAUUUUAGUUGUUGUAUAUUUGCAGUCUUGUGUUGUGUACCUUGUAGCUCCGUGCAGUGCCUAAAUCUGUGGAAGUUGUCGCUUGGCAGAGGCUAGCAUUUAUUUGCUGUAUUUGUAACCAUGUGUAGUCUGUAGUCCUGUGAAUCCUUUAUAUUCUCGCCAGGGGCCUGUACUUUGUGCACCCUUGUCUGCCCGAGAAACCUUGUAAGAUAGUGUACAGAAGUUAAGUUUGUGAUAGUGGGGAGUGUUUUGUAGAGUGUUACUUUGUGGGGUUGUAAACCCUAGAAGCAAACUAUUGUUAUUUCUGUGAAUAUAAAAAUCUGAUUGUGUAUAUUUAGUUAUUUAUUGUGUAUGCACUUGUAACAAAAGAAUUUAAAGAUAAAAUGUUUGACAUGUUUUUCGUAUGAAAUUCGAUUAACAUGAUUAAAGAAGCUUAUGAUGGUUUUACCAAACAUUGAAUGUUACUAGCAAACCUGAUAAUACAGUAAGUCCUCAAUUAACGGACACUUGUUUGAAGGACAUUUGGUAUAAUGGCAGACUUGCCAACUUUUGAAACCCUCAAUUAGUAAAAUACAUAAAAAAUAAUAUAACACGCGUAAACUGCUCGCGGCAAUUGAAAAAUUAAUAAAAUUUCAUAAUAUCACAUUUUUUCUAGUAAUCAAAAUUAUGUAAUCGUUUUAACAUACAUUAACAUCAUUGCAGACCAACAAUCAUUCUCAUAAUUUACCAUUAUGGAAACAAUUUUGCUUAGUAUCACAUCAAAGAAAAAACUUUGUUCCUUGUGGUACCCUACAAAUCAACUGAGUGUACCUUUGUUACAAUAUACACUGAUAUCAGUUAACUUCCAGUAGAAUCUCCCUGGAGUACUGGUAAUGAAAGCAACCUUGACACUAUCAUUUUCAAACUUGCAUCACAAAAUGUUACUACUAGUGGAUAUAAUUUGGUUUCAGUCAUUGCUGCCGUCGGUCGCAACUGAAAAUGCCACAGUUUGUAAAUUACAAACAAUUUUAUAGUUGCAUCUGUUGCCAUUUCUUUCACGAUAGCCGUCGACUUUGUUCUUGCGCAACCAAAUUUUUUUGCUACUUCAGAAUUUAAAAACAGUUUUAUGAAUACGGGCCGGCGUGAUCCGAAACAUUUAAAGGAAUAUUAUUUUCAACCAAAAAGUUUGUAAACAUACAUUCUGCACUUAUUACAGCAGUGUCUGUGCUGUUAUUUUUAGCGAAAUAAUCACUAACCUUUGAACUGACUGCGCCACUUUUAACAUUUGCGAGAUGUUUUGAACAGUUCACGUGGAGAUUGAUGUCAUAUCUUCCGCCGUGCCCCAUGUUGAUGUCGCAUCUACACACUGAAAAAAAUGCGAACUGUUUUCCCUUGCUUGAUUUAAGAAUACACGGAAAAUGUAUAGCGAAAUGCCUGAGAAUAAUGCGUAUCACGUUUCGGGGGCAUUUUCUUCUUCACUUGAUUCCACUUCCGUUAAUUGUGCACAUAACACGUUUUUAUUAAAAACAUGCAAUAAAUUUGUUUCCUAACCUGUAAUAAACAAAAUCAAAAUUGGCUAAACUUAAACUGAAGAAUCACAUUUUACGCUAAUGCACGACACUAUUUUGCCAAACUAAAAAUGCUAUUUAAACUGGUUCGUGAUUGGUUGUAAGCGCAGGCGGCCAAUAAGGAAAGAUAUACAAUCGAACAACAAAUUACGUGGUUCGCUGGCCUUCAACCAAUAAUAUAACUCAAUUACCGCACUCGUUUCCACAACAACAAUACAUGGCAACAGCUUUUACAAACCAUACAAUAAAACAUUUAAGGCGGACGGUAAAUACAUGUUUUAAUAAACGUAUCGUACUUAAAAUUCGUAAAAAAUGCAGACAUCCUCGUACAAUCGUAAAACGGACGUGAUUUUCGUACAUUUUACGAAAAAAUCGUAAAGGUUGGCAAGUCUGUAAUGGACACCAAUGGACACUUAAAUUUAGUUAACGAAUGCCAAACUCAUUACUGCAGACCGUACGAACCGAUGGAAUGGGUACUUCUUGAACAGCCUGUGUAUACACUCACAUCCGAGUGCUGCACUGCUUAUAUACAUGAGUAAUUCUUGCAUGCAUGUUGGAUGGUUAUAGACGGAUGAGACAAUUGUUUUAAAAGAGUGUCUUGUGUUUCUUUUUUUCCCACGCCCAUAAAAGAGAAGGUAAGAUGCUGCUAAUGUUUACGAUGCGCGUGACAAAGAUAAUGGUAGCUAACUCACCCCUUCCACGGGCCCAUGAGACCCCUUUUGUCGAGGGAAUCUGCUGGUCUUUCGUUGGCUUGCCGAAUGGUGACGUAAACGAGCCAUUAUUUUCCAAACAGUUUUUUAGCCAGCCAUUAGUCCAUUGUACCCCUCUGUGCGUUGCGGUGUGUUUACCCGAAAUGAAUACGGAUUAAGUUCUUAUCAUUUGUUGCGUUCAGUGAAAUAUUAUGUACAUGUUCAGUUCUACGUAACCGUACAGAUGAAACAAGAACAAAAUAAAUCUGCCUCUAGUUACAGAAAGAAGUGAAGUUUGCUGUGAGUUCCCCUCCCCCCCUCCAACGUCUAACCGCCAUGCCGCUGCAAACAGUGCUGUCGUCAUCACCGCACCAUGACCACCGGAUAAUUGCGGAUGAUAUUUUCUCGUUUCACGGCCGUGCAACCGGUGGAUGUUUACGAGUGUAGUUGCUAGAUGACUGGAUGAAACACUGUCCAUUGUGAAUAAAAAAACACGAGAUCAUGGUCGGUGAAGUUACGGGCCAGCCACUCACUCAUGAAAAGAUCACGGGACUGAUCUGUUCACAACCUACACGCUUGCUUUUUCCGAGCUCUUAAGGUUUUUGAUUUUUUGGCAGUGCUGGGAUCCGUCAUCGUGUCGAGAGCCGGCCGUGAAGUUUUUACACAGCGUGUUGGCGCUUUUGGAAGAUCUAGGAGGGUGACCGGGACAUUUACAUUGUUCGCUAUGGGGAAGUGUGAUUUAAUUAACAUACAGUUCCUGGGAACGUAACCUUCCUGUUAAUCAAGGACUUACUGUACAAGUUUUUUUGUAAUGUAUUGUGUCAUUAAUGGAUUCAUAUUCAUCCUGCAAGAUGUUUCAUCACAGUUAGCAAAAUUAGGAUUGUGGUUUAACUGUACAGCAAAUUAGAUAAAUGUUUCUGCACAUUUCACAAAAAAAUUCAUAGAAAUUCAAAGGUGAAUUUGUUUUGGCUUAUUAAUAUUAUGAUUUUUUUUUUAUUUAGAGCAAACAAUUCAGCUACUAAAUAAAUUUUAGAAUUGGCAAUAAUGAAUUUUGAGUAUAAACAGCAGGGUACUGGACUUGAUAUUUGCAGUCAACUUCAAUUUGCGGUUACUGUUUAGUACAUGCAACUGUGUAAUAUGGGGAAGAAAUAUAAUUUUGAAAUCAUGGAAAAAAAAUAAAUAAAUAAAAAAUUGCAGAGUUAAUUAGAGUAAAUUAUGAUUUUGCUUGGUUUUUGCUACUCUUUUAAAGUUUUUAAAGGCCUAUCUGCACAAAUUGGUAUGUUAAUCAGAAAUAUAAUUAAAUUAAAAUGAAAACUUUCAGAAUGUCUGAUUUUUCCACUAGCGAUCUCAAAACCUAGCAUUUGCAUACCAAAGUAGUGGAAUAAGCAGUUUUGAUCCUUUUUUUUUCCUCUGUGCUUGGAGGAUCUAAAUGGGUCAGAAUUUGAUCAUGCCAGUUUGUACAGACUAUGCAUUUUGGUCAUCAGACAAAAUUUUGGGGAACGUGAAACUGAAACGUCCGAUGCAAAUACCAAUUUUUGAUACCUCAGUGUUCAGUCGUGUUUUGUGCUGUGUUGCAUGGACCAGUCUGGGACAUUGGCAAUUGAUGUGUUGGUAACCCUUUUGUCGCAGAGAUGGUGUAGCUGCACCGGUCUUCCAGUUUAGUAAUAAAGUAGGGGUAAGAAACAUUAGGCGUGUUCAAAAAUGUUAGUUGGACAUUUAGAAUAUGGUUUUUAGGGUAUGUGAAUUCAAACAUCACAUAAUAGCACUACAUAUGAUAAGAUUGAAUUUUUCAUGCCAGGUUACUGUGAUAUUGGUUCUUGGAACCAAAAUAAAUUUAAUUCAGAUGUUAUUGUGUGGAAUAUAAUGUGCUGGUGAUUUGUUUUUUGUUUAUAACAUUAUUUUUAAUCUGAUUGUAUGUUUAUGUACUGGGAAAUGAAAGUAUAUAAGUUAAUUUAUUUUUGACCUGCAGCUCAGGCAGUUCCGCUCCUAAGUUACCAAUAUUUUAUUUCCUUGCCUGGCUCGCACCUGUUGGUCUCCAAAAUGGCAAAUUUGAACACGGCUAUUGUAUCUGCCAGCUUGUUUGUAAAAUCUGUGCUUGUUAAGUUUUGCAGACUGAACAGCCACUAAAAGCAUUGUGAUUGUACAAAACGACAGUGUUUGGCGAGUAUGAAAACCUACAUAAUUUUUGGGAUCGUGUGUUCUCCGCAAGUGCAAUGUGACGAUCACCGUGAUGCGUGUAACUCCGCGCCGUCUCUCGGCCAAGUAUUAGUCCGCGCAGUGUCUGCGCUGAUUCGUAGCAGACGCGUUCUCAUCUCCGAGAUUGGUACCGAUGGCUGGUGUCAGUGUUUUUUUAAUCUUGUAAAAAUAUGUUUGUACUUUUUGACUUUACAAAAGUUUUAUUUAAUAAAUGAAAUUGCCUGAAAGGUA